AUGUCUCAUAAACCAAUAGCCGUGCUCUCCGGCGCUUCGCUUGUCGGCGGUAUCUCUGCCUACGCUAGGUAUGGUUCCAUACCCUCUAUCGUCGGGAGCUUUGCUAUUGGAAGUAUCAUGGCUGCCAGCUCGAUGAGGAUCCGGGAUGGGAUGGACUAUGGAUUAGAAGGUGCCGCCGUCAGUUCGGGAGUGUUGAUGGUUCCUGCUUUCAGACGAGCAUUAAGGACUCGUACUAUCAUCCCUUCAGUCCUCGCUCUGCUUGCCACAACAAGUACGGCUUAUUACACCAAAGCGAUCCUCGAACGUCAUCCAUGA